GGGAGGACGGCUUUCUGCUGACGGCUCACAGUGCUGGUCGCCUUUCAUUCACGACAGGUCAACAUGCGAGGACUUCACAGUCUUUUGGUUUUUAUGGCUUUUGUCAGCUGCAUCAGGGCAAAGAAAAUGCGAUGGUGCACAGUCUCCAGUCCCGAACAGAAGAAGUGUGCAGAGCUAGCCAAAGCUCUGGUGGCGGUGUUGCCUCCAGCUGCUGUCGCAGACUUUGCCAGACUCUCGUGCAUUCGAGCGUCCAGCACUGGGGACUGCAUGGACAGAAUCAAGGCCAACCGUGCUGAUAUAGUGAGUUUGGAUGCAGGAGAGGUUUAUUCUGCAGUGAAGCAGUUUGACCUUGUAACUGUUGCAAAAGAGAUCUACAGUGAAGGGAGUUGCGUUCUGUCUGUGGCUGUGGUCAGAAACAGCAGCCUGGCCGUCCAAUCCCUGCAAGGCCUGAGGAGCUGCCACAGCGGUGUGCGGUGGACGGCGGGGUGGAGCAUUCCCCUCGGCUUUCUGCUGUCCAGGAACUACCUGAGCUGGUCCAAAGAUCAUCCUCUCUCUCAGGAGGUCGGUGGCUUUUUCAGCGCCAGCUGUUGUCCUGGAGCUGCUGCCAUGUCUCCUGCACUGUGCACUCUGUGCCAAGGCCAGAAGUCCUUCAAUCCUCAGAAGAAUUACCACUGUGAGACGUCUCAAAAUGAACCCUUCUACAGCAACCAGGGAGCGCUCAGAUGUCUCAGAAGUGGAGCAGGUGAUGUUGCAUUUGUGGACCAUUUAGCUCUUGAAAGCAUAGACGGGAUCGACAGGGACAUGUUCAGGCUGCUGUGCCCUGAUGGCACACAAGCUCCUGUCAGCCGUUACCGCAGCUGUAAUCUGGGUCGCGGUCCAGGAGGGGCGGUGGUCACUAGAUAUAAUUUUCGGAAAGUUUCUCGCAAGUUUCUGUUAGCUGUGCAGUUGUUGUUUGGUCGACAUGGAAGGGAAAGGCAGCGUUUCCAGCUCUUCAGCUCCGACGCCUUUGGAGAGAGCGACCUUCUCUUCAGAGAUUCGACCCACAAACUGGCUGUUGUGCCGGACGACAUGGAUGUCAGCCAAGUGCUGGGGCUGGAUUAUGUAGCGCUCCUUAAGGGUCUUGGACAUGAAGGAAGCUCCCUGGAGGACAGCGUCAUGCGAUGGUGCUGCAUCAGCCAUGCCGAGCAGAAAAAAUGUGAGCAGUGGGCUCUGAGCAUAAAGUCCGACCCGCUGGUGUGCAUCCGAGCAGCCUCCAUGCGGGACUGCAUUGAAAAGAUUAAAAGGAAUGAGGUGGACGCCGUCUCCCUGGAUGCCACCCACUCCUACAUCGCAGGGAAAUGUGGUCUGGUCCCUGUUGUGACAGAGUAUUAUGGGAGUAAAUGUGUUGAUGAUAAAAGAGGGCUUCACUUUGAGGCUGAUGUCUUGCCCUCACUGGUGGCAGUAGCACUGGCAAAGCGUUCCAGUCGGAACGUCUUCAUGGGGAAUCUGGAGGGCUGCCGUUCCUGUCACAGCUACCUUUACAGCCCGGCAGGCUGGCUGCUGCCAUACAGACAUGCGUUAAGCCCGACACAUAACGGCAGCUCCUCCUGUGAUCCGACCCGAGUCUACAAAGAGCUCUUUUGGAAAGGCUGUCUUCCUGGCUCUGUGGGGAAUCUGUGCAAAGUUUGCAUGGGAGGCACAGGGGAGGCUGCAACCAAGCGCUGCACUGACAACCACAACGAGCGUUACUAUGGCAACAUGGGUGCCUUAAGGUGUCUAGUUGGCGAUCCCAAUGGGAAAAGCUAUGGGGAUGUUGCCUUCCUUGAACAGCACAACCUCCUUGCCAACAUCUUAAGCUUGAGCUCCGGCGGCUGGGCGCAGGGAUGGACGUCAUCGGAUUUCGAGCUGCUGUGUGGUGACGGGCGCCGCGCCACCUUGUCUGACUGGGAGAGCUGUAAUCUGGGAGUGAUCCCCCCAAACACCAUCAUGACGCGGCCGGUGCUCGCUGCUCGAGUGUACGACCUCCUCAUGAAGUCACAGGAACCAUUGUUUUUAAGACCAAACACAGCUUUUAAGCUUUUUGAGUCUGAGCAAUUUGGAGAGAGCGAUCUCCUUUUUAAAGACGCCACAAAUUGUUUUGUCCACACAAGUCACAUGGACCUCCGCUCCAUCCUUGGAGAAGAAUUCCACUCUCACCUGGAAAAUGUCUUCAACUGCACACACUCAGACAUCCUAGAGUUCUGUAACCAAGAUGUGUGCAGCAUUUUCUAAAGGAGGAAGGCCAUUGAUCCACAAGCCGGUGUUGCUUUUUCAUUAACUUUUGAUCCACAUGUUUAUUGUUUCCAUGUUAACCCUUGUGCUAUCCUAUAGGCACGUUAACGUUGAGAGUUGGGUCAUCUAGACCCACUAGACAGUGCUCUGAACCUUUUUUCUUCAAUGAUUUGUGAUCUUCACUGGUGUCCAUGGAUUACAUGAAGUCUUUCCACCUUUAUCAUGGUAGGAAGAACACGUCAAUGUGAGGGGGGGUCAUCUAAGAUAGCACAAGGGUUAAAGGGCCUCUUUCAUGCUUUUCUUAAUCCGGUCAGGAUAAACCAUAUGCAUGUGUAUAACAUCUUACCUUUGGGACACUGAAGAACAAUCUUUUUAGGGACACUUUUCCCCCGUUGGUUUUCAUGGAUUGGGAGGGGCUGGUGCUCAAAGAGCAGCUUUGCAGAGGAAUACUCAGAAAUGUGUGAAUGGAUCCAAAUACCACUUUGGGGUUUUGUUUUGUAAGAAAUUACCAUUUAACACUUAGAAGGUCAAAAAAGUAGAUUUUGCAAGAUACGGCCCUUAAAGGACCGUUGAGAUAACGUGGAUCAUUAAAUUACAUAAACAGAACUAAAUAGUUGCUAAGUAUUUUUGCUUUCAUCAUAAAGGUUUUCUAAACAAUGGGAUUUAUCAUCGUAGAAUUCUUCAAAGAUAAGGAAAUACAAGCAAAUGCUUUUAUCCUAUUGUCCAGUGUUUGAGAGUUAACCAUAAAAGGUGAAAUCUAAUCUGUUCUGUGUUUUAUGUUAAGAGUUAGUUUGGCCACAUGUUCAAUUGUUUCUGCAAUAUUUACCACUUCUCCAUGUAUUAAAGCAAAUGUUCAGUUUC